AUGGACGACUUGGAGAGCCUCGAGCUUCUGUCGCUCGUGUCCAAGGUCACGUCCGAGUUGCAGAAUCAUCUGGGAGUUAGCGAAAAGACUCUUGCCGAAUUCAUCAUCGCCCAACGAGUAGAAUGCGGGUCGUUCGACGAGUUCAAGCAGAAACUGGCCACCCUCGGCGCCGACUUCCCGCCUAGUUUGGUCGAGAGUAUCGAUAGACUUGUCCUGACCUUGCACCCAAAGUUCAAGGGUCAAAACCACGGACAAUUUCGCACCGAUGAAAACGAGAAGCACGGCCAAUCUGCCGAGGAGAAGACAAAGGUGUUCAAGGGCCUGUCCAUCCCGGACAAGGAGGUGGAUGUAAUCGACGACACUCUGGCGUUACUUGAGAGCCUCGAACCCAAGAGAGCGGAGAAAGAACGACCUAGGAAACGAAGCCGUACCCCCGAACGCGACGACUACGCAGACGACUACGGGAAGAGGAAGCGCAAGGAGCGAUACCGGUCUAGAUCGAGGUCAAGGUCAAGGUCUAGGUCAAUCUCGCCACCAAGAGGCCGACGGAAGGGUCGAUACGACGAUGAAUACGAUGGCGAUUUCCGGCGGCCACCAGUGCGGGAGACCGACGAGGCCCCGAUUUUAUACAAGGUCUACGAAGGUCAUGUCACAGGAAUCAAGGACUUUGGCGCCUUUGUCAACCUGCACGGCGUCAAGGGCAAGGUCGACGGCUUGGUUCACAUUUCCGCUUUCGGCCAGCGUGUCAACCACCCUUCGGAUCUACUGUCCAAGGGGCAGGAAGUCAAGGUCAAAGUCGUCAAGCUCGAGGGAGGCAGGGUAGGCUUAUCCAUGAAGGAUGUAGACCAAGAGACGGGUAUGGAUCUGGCACCACAGUUGAGGAUAGGUUCGGGCGCCAACAUGGAGGCAAUCGGCGGAAGAGGAGGAGGAUACGAUACCAAGGCUGUUGUCAGCAAUGGAUUUGAAGCCAAGGGAACAUUCCAAGCGACGGCAAACGCCAGACAACACAAAAAGAGAAUGACGUCCCCUGAAAGAUGGGAGAUUCGUCAGAUGAUCGCGGCAGGCAUUGCGAAGGCAUCUGAUUACCCCGAACUUGAAGAAGACUACCAGGCAACCCUCAAGGGUGAGGGGCAAAUGGAGCUUGAGGAGGAUGUCGAUAUCGAGGUUCGCGACGAGGAGCCGCCAUUCCUGGCUGGACAGACCAAGCAGUCUCUCGAGUUGUCACCCAUCCGCGUCGUCAAGGCUCCUGAUGGGUCGCUUAACCGCGCCGCCAUGGCAGGUACGAACCUCGCCAAGGAACGGAAGGAGCUGCGACAGCAGGAGACUGAAGCCAAGAAGGCGGAGGAAAAGAAGGUUGAUUUAUCCUCACAAUGGCAAGAUCCUAUGGCGAACCCGGAGACCAGAAAGUUCGCUACUGAUUUGCGCAAAAACGCUCAGGCGGCACCAGCGGCUCCCGAUGCUGUUCCUGAGUGGAAGAGGGCCGUUGCACCCAAGGAAGUGUCGCUAGGCAGGCGCACCAACAUGAGCAUCAAGGAGCAACGAGAGUCCCUCCCCGUCUAUGCCUUCAGAGAACAGCUGAUCAAGGCCGUGAGGGAGAACCAGGUCCUUAUUGUCGUCGGCGAGACGGGAUCCGGAAAAACUACGCAGCUCACUCAGUACCUGGCUGAAGCCGGCUUUACUAACAAUGGUAUGAUUGGAUGUACCCAGCCUCGUCGUGUCGCCGCCGUCUCCGUCGCAAAACGUGUUUCCGAGGAAGUCGGCUGCCAGCUUGGCCAAGAGGUUGGUUAUACCAUCAGAUUCGAAGACGUCACUAGUCCAGCAACCAAGAUCAAGUACAUGACCGACGGUAUGCUUCAAAGAGAGAUCUUGAUCGACCCUGAUCUUAAGAGGUACUCGGUCAUCAUGCUUGAUGAGGCCCACGAACGUACCAUUGCCACCGAUGUGCUCUUCGCUCUGUUGAAAAAGACAAUGAAGAGGAGGGAGGAUCUCAAGGUUAUCGUCACCAGUGCCACCUUGGAUGCCGACAAGUUCAGCGAGUACUUCAACCAGUGCCCUAUCUUUACCAUCCCUGGUCGUACAUUCCCUGUCGAGAUUCUUUACUCUCGCGAACCGGAAUCUGAUUACCUGGAUGCCGCCCUCACCACAGUCAUGCAAAUUCAUCUUAGCGAACCGAUGGGUGACAUUCUUCUGUUCUUAACAGGACAAGAAGAAAUUGACACCGCUUGCGAAAUUCUAUACGAACGGAUGAAAGCCUUGGGUCCCAACGUUCCUGAGCUUCUCAUCCUGCCCGUUUACUCUGCCCUUCCUAGUGAGAUGCAGAGUAGGAUUUUCGACCCAGCGCCGCCAGGCAGCCGAAAGGUUGUCAUUGCCACCAACAUCGCUGAGACAUCCAUCACAAUCGAUCAUAUCUACUACGUCGUUGACCCAGGCUUUGUCAAACAGAACGCCUAUGACCCCAAACUAGGCAUGGAUUCCUUGGUGGUCACCCCUAUUUCCCAGGCUCAGGCCAACCAGAGAGCCGGUCGCGCCGGCAGAACAGGACCAGGAAAGUGCUUUCGCCUGUAUACGGAAGCCGCCUACCAGUCUGAAAUGUUGCCUACCACCAUUCCCGAAAUUCAGCGCCAGAACCUGUCCAAUACCAUCCUUAUGCUGAAGGCCAUGGGUAUUAAUGACCUUCUCCGGUUCGAUUUCAUGGAUCCACCUCCCGUCAACACUAUGCUUACAGCCUUGGAAGAGCUUUACGCCCUCGCUGCGCUGGAUGACGAAGGUCUUCUGACGCGUCUUGGAAGAAAGAUGGCUGAUUUCCCCAUGGAGCCUGCCCUUGCCAAGGUCCUUAUCGCAUCUGUGGAGAAGGGUUGCUCCGACGAGAUGGUGACGAUUGUUGCCAUGCUCAACCUUCCCAACGUCUUCUAUCGUCCCAAGGAGAAGCAAGCUCAGGCUGACCAAAAGAAGGCCAAAUUCCACGAUCCUCAUGGCGAUCAUUUGACCCUCCUUAACGUGUACAACUCCUGGAAGAACAACGGCUAUGGGAACCCUUGGUGUUUCGAGAACUUCAUCCAAGCACGUUCUAUGAGGCGUGCCAAAGAUGUGCGUGAUCAGAUCGUCAAGAUCAUGGAUCGCCACAGGCAUCCCGUGAUCAGCUGCGGCCGCGACACCAACAAGGUCCGGCAAGCCCUUUGCGCCGGUUUCUUCCGCAACGCGGCUCGCAAGGACCCGCAAGAAGGUUACAAGACGUUGAUCGAAGGUACGCCUGUGUAUCUCCAUCCCAGCUCGGCGCUCUUCGGCAAGCAAGCUGAGUGGGUCGUUUAUCACACCUUGGUCUUGACCACCCGUGAGUACAUGCACUACACCACUAGCAUCGAGCCGAAGUGGCUGGUCGAGGCGGCACCAACCUUUUUCAAGAUGGCGCCGACCGAUAAGCUAUCGAAGCGGAAGAAGGCCGAACGGAUCGAGCCGCUGUACAACAAGUAUGCCGGCGCGGAUGACUGGCGUCUCAGCGCGCAGAGAAGAGGUGGACGUGGUGGCGGCGGCGGUGGUACUUGGGGUUAA